AUGUCGUUGUCAGACGAACAUGCCAAACGGUCGCCUGAAGAACACUUGGAGACAUCACUGGCUGACGAACAUGCCAAACCAGCGUCUGAAGUGCAUGAAUGUGAUAUCUGCUGUUCGACACAGCUCUGCAAUAGCGAGUGCGCAAGAGCAGUCGAUGGAGGCUGGGGAGAUUGGGGCACGUGGUCUCAGUGUUCGAAGACAUGUGACAAUGGCACCCAGUCACGUGGUAGAUCAUGUGACUCACCAACACCUGCAGGGGGUGGAACUGUCUGCGUAGGAUUGAACUCCCAGUCACGAGGAUGUUCUGAAUUGAGUUGUCCAGCAGCUGAUUGCUCUGACUUGCUGAAUAGUGGCCGUUCCUGGCCGUCCGGCGUUUACAGAAUGGUAACCUGGCAUACACACAAAAGAUUUAACGUAUUCUGCGAUAUGGACACUGAUGGUGGUGGAUGGACAGUGUUUCAAUACCGGUUUAAUGGCAGUGUGGAUUUUUACAAGAACCUUCACAACUACGAGGCUGGAUUUGGAUCGCUUCAUGGAGAGUUUUGGCUAAGUAAAGAGAUUCUGAACACUUGUAAAGCUUCUGUUUUAUUGCAGUAUCACACGCUUUUCCAUUGA